GAACAACAAACUUAUCCUGAUCAUCCUUGCGUUCUAGUCUCAACAGUCGGCACAGGAGUCUCUUGUUGGCUGCUCAACAUUUCCAUCUUGAAUUUUUAAUCCAGGACAACAAAAAACAACAACAAAAUGGCGGACGAUGAACAAAAGAAGAAACUUGAGGAGGAAAAGAAGAGGAAACAAGCAGAAAUCGAACGCAAGAGGGCUGAGGUCAGGGCUCGUAUGGAAGAAGCCUCCAAGGCCAAGAAGGCUAAAAAAGGUUUCAUGACCCCUGAAAGAAAGAAGAAGUUGAGAUUGCUCCUGAGGAAGAAAGCUGCUGAAGAACUGAAGAAAGAACAAGAACGUAAAGCUGCUGAAAGAAGGCGUAUCAUUGAGGAAAGGUGUGGUAAAGCAAAAAUUCUCGAAGAUGCCAAUGAAGAACAACUUAAAAGCAUACUCAAACAAUAUCAUGAGAGAAUUGCGAAAUUGGAAAGUGCUAGAUUUGAUGUGGAAUAUCUAGUAAGCCUCAAAGACAUGGAGAUUUCAGACCUCAAUAGCCAAGUCAAUGACCUGAGAGGAAAAUUCGUCAAGCCUACUCUGAAGAAGGUAUCCAAAUACGAAAACAAAUUCGCUAAGCUCCAGAAGAAAGCAGCUGAAUUCAAUUUCCGUAAUCAACUCAAGGUUGUCAAGAAGAAGGAAUUCACUCUUGAAGAAGAAGACAAAGAGAAAAAACCUGACUGGUCCAAAAAGGGCGAAGAAAAGAAGGAAGGUGAGGAACAACCACCUGCACCUGCAGAGGAAGCCAAAGCAGAAGAGAAACCACCAGAGGGCGAACCUGCUAAAGAGGGAGAAGCAGUACCUGCAGCUCCUGCAGCUGAAGGAACAGAACCCCCUGCCGAAGGUGCUACAGAGGCGAAACCAGCUGUUGAGGGCGAAGCACCACCUGAAGGACAACCUCCAGCUGGGGACCAACCACCUAGUGAUGGUCAACCUCCAACGGAAGGACAACCACCUACUGGUGAAGCCCCAGUAGAAGAAGAAGCUCCUGCCGAACCAACAGGUUUCGAGAAAUUCAAAAAGAUUCUAACCGAAAAAGAUUACGACAUAAUAGCACUUCCAGAAGGUGUUAUCGCCCCAACAGAAAACAAAGAUGAUGUUUCUAUUCCCCACUACUCUCUUGUUGAAAAAAGGAAGAAUAGUGGUGAAGGAGUAUUGCUAUAUAUCAAAGAUUCUUUGAGAUAUAAGGUAGUCGAUUUAGCUUCUGAAACUCAAGAAGGGCAUCCCAGCAUGGACGACCUAGUGGCUAAAUUGGAGAAAAAUGGUCUACAAUCUCCAACAAGUGGCAUAACUCCAGAAACAGCAGUAGAGGGUGAACCAGCUGCAGCAGAAGGUGCUACUCCUGAAGGUGCUCCAACUGAGUCUGAUGCACAAAUACCAGAAAAAACCGAAGCAACGACGGAAGCUGCCGAACCAACAGCCGAAGGAGCACAACCUCCACAAGAAAAAGCUGAGCCACCACAAGAAGGUGCGGUUGCUGAAGCUCCACAGCCUGCUGAAACCGCACCAGUCGCUGAGGAAACGCCUGCGGUAACAGCUGAUGCUACUGAAGCUGUUGAACCUCCAGCAGUUGAAGUACCAACAUCACCAAUGGUUGAAGCUGCUGCAUAGGAAGAUUUGUGUAAAUUAUUGUGUUAGCAUUAUUUUCUCUUGUUUUUUAUUAUUUACGUAUUGAUUAAGUUGAGAAAUGUGGGAAUGCGAUAAUAAAUAUUUUUGAUUUA